ACAAACAAAAAAACAAAAAGAGUAAAUAAAUAAAUAAAAAGUCCUUUAACUCAUUAUAAUUACUCUUUAGUCCUUCAUCUCUCUUUUCUUCUAUCGUCUUCUCUCUUUCUAUUUCCUUUUUCUCUUUCCAAUCCAAACAGAAUCAAAACCAAAACCCUAAAAUUAAAAAAAAAAAAAAGAAAAAGAAAAAGAAAAGAAAACCUUGAUCUCACCGAGAACCCAUUUCGAGGUCCGACUCGAUCCGUAGCUGAAGCUGAACAAAGAAAGAGUUAAAAAAAGGAGAGAGAGAGAGAGAGAAAGAGAGAGAGAGAGAGAGAGAGAGAGAUUGGAGAAGAAGAAGAAGAAGAAGAAGAAGAAGAAGAAGAAAUGUACAAGAACCAGCUACAAGAGCUGGCGCAGAGAAGCUGCUUUAACCUUCCGUCUUAUACUUGCAUAAGAGAAGGUCCUGAUCACGCUCCUCGUUUUAAAGCUACCGUUAACUUUAACGGUGAGAUCUUUGAAUGCCCUCACUAUUGCUCUACUCUCCGUCAAGCUGAACACUCCGCCGCUGAAGUCGCUCUAACCUCUCUCUCCAAUCGCGGUCCCUCUCACUCUCUCGCCGCUCGCAUUCUCGAUGAAACUGGGGUAUACAAGAACCUUUUGCAGGAAAUUGCACAAAGAGUUGGUGCUCCAUUGCCACAAUAUACAACAUUCAGGUCAGGUCUAGGGCACCAACCUGUUUUUACUGGGACAGUAGAAUUGGCUGGAAUUACAUUCACAGGUGAACCUGCCAAAAAUAAGAAACAAGCUGAGAAGAAUGCAGCAAUGGCAGCUUGGUCAUCUCUAAAACAAUUGGCAAAAGAAGAUGCCAGUUCUUCAUCUGAGCCAGAAAACAGUGAUGAGUUAGAACAAAUCACGAUAGCUCGUGCCUUGUUGAAUUACCGAUUGAAGGAAAAGAUGGCAAUAGCAAACUCCCCAAACUCCCCAAUACCGUUUUCCAAAAAGUUUCCAAUGCAGGGCCCUAGGCCAACAAGUCCACAGCCUGUACCUGCUACCACAUCCAAAAUCCUCCCCUUAUUUUGCCCAAAGACAACUCGAAAUAGACCUACUUCAACAACAAUAACCGACAGAUCUGUGCCAACCAGAACAGCAACAUCAACAACGUCAUGUGACAGAACUGUGCCGCCACGACAAUCGCCUACUCUAGACCUUUGGGCAGCUCAUCCUCAGAAAUUCCCAGCUGCAGGAGCAGCUCCUUAUGUCCCUAUCCGACAAUUUGGGGCGCAUUGCCAUGGCAUGGCUCAACCUGUAAGAGUAAGAAGUGUAGUGCCUGUUUUUGCUGCACCUCAAUGUCAGCCACCAUCACUACCGCCUCAGGUGUUGCGAGGACUACCACAACAACCUCCACCUGUCACCAUUAGGCAAACUUCUCUAGUAUAUGCAGCUUCACCACCAGUUCAAAAAGAAGAUCCUCUGAAUGUUCAAAAAGGUAAUGUGGUUGUUCCAAAAGAAGAUUCUCCAGCCAGUCAAAAAGAGCAUCCAGAUAUUGGAAUAGAAGAUUCUCCGACAGUUAAAAAGGAGCAUUCAGCUGUUCAGAAAGCAGAUUCUCAGGCCGGUCAAACUGAUAACCCAGCUGUUGAAGUAGAAGAUCCUCUGUGCAAUACAAAAGAGGAUCAAGCAGCAGAAAAUCCAAAUAAAUCACCAGCUCAACUGGAAGAAGCAAGCACAUCAACUAACAAAAGUUUGCAAGAAUCCGCAAUGCUACAAAGCUUGGAGCACCUUAAAAUCUGAUCAUGGCAUGGGGAAUAUCUGCUCAAUGGGAGACAAAUCUGAUGGUUUUUCUAUGCUCGUCUCACUUUUGUUUUAGUAUCAUCUCUCAUCUUAUUAUAUGAGUGGUUCUAUUUCAUCUUUCUUUUUCAUUUUAAUUUUUUUUUUUUUGUUUAAUUUUUACUGUUCUCCAUUUUGUUCUCUUCGAAGCCACAGUUGCUGCAGGCAGGUUAAAAUUAGUACGGGCAGUGCCUUAAACUUUUCAAUUCGAGAAUUUGCCAAAAUUAGUGGCUAUACGUAGCAUGGUAUAGUUUGAUGUUGCAAAUGUUUCCGUUAAAACUCAGUUCAGGGCCUUAGUAUGGAUAUUGGCAAGGAAAAUGUCCCGAAAUUUUGAUCUUA